AUGGCGAUACGCAAGAAGAGCACCAAGAACCCCCCAGUCCUGAGCCACGAAUUCAUCCUGCAGAAUCAUGCGGACAUUGUCUCCUGUGUGGGAAUGUUCUUCGUGCUGGGACUGAUGUUCGAGGCAACAGCAGAAGCAUCUAUCGUUUUUAUCACUCUUCAGCAUAGUGUUACUGUUCCUGCAACAAAAGGACAGGCCACUGAAUCCAGGUCCCUUUAUAAUUAUGGUGUCAAAGAUUUGGCCACAAUUUUUUUCUAUAUGCUAGUGGCAAUAAUUAUUCACGCAACAAUUCAGGAGUAUGUGUUGGAUAAAAUCAAUAGGCAAAUGCAGUUUCCUAAAACGAAACAGUGCAAGUUUAAUGAAUCUGGUCAGCUUAGUGUAUUUUACCUUGUUUCUUGUAUUUGGGGCACGCUCAUUCUAAUCUCUGAAAACUACAUUUCAGACACUAGUGUCUUAUGGAGGGCUCGUCCCCAUAAUAUGAUGACAUUUCAAAUGAAGUUUUUCUAUAUAUCACAGUUGGCUUACUGGGUCCAUGCUUUUCCUGAACUCUACUUCCAGAAAACCAAAAAACAAGACAUUCCUCGUCAACUCAUCUACUGUGGUCUUCACCUCUUUCACAUUGCUGGAGCUUACCUUCUGUACUUGAAUCAUCUAGGACUUAUUCUUUUGGUGUUGCAUUAUUUUGUUGAAUUACUUUCCCACAUGUGUGACCUCUUUUAUUUGAAUGACGAGAAGUAUGAAAAAAGGUUUUCUCUGUGGGCAGUUGUGAUUAUUUUGGGUAGACUGUUGAUUUUAAUUGUUUCAGUACUUGCUGUUGGCUUUCAUCUUGCUGGAUCGGAGACUCAGAAGCCGGAUAUCAUUGCUGGAAACUUCAAUGUGUUGGCUGCAAAAAUUGCUGUUCUGUCUUCCAGUUGCACUAUCCAAGCAUUCAUAACAUGGAAUUUAAUUACUGUCCAGCUUUACAGGUGGUGGGAACAAUCUACCUUUGAGGCCCCAUGCAUGAAGAAGAAAAGGACAACUACUAAAGGAAAAUCUAGAAAAGGAACAGAAGAUGGAGUGGAAACUUCAAAUAAAGCAGACUCUUCCGGAAGUAGGAAAGAGAAAUAA